UUGAAAAGUUUUUAGAUUUUGAGUGGACGCAUAUAUGGAACAUUAAACAUAGACAAAAAAUUUUAGGCUUUAUUUAGCUCCCAAAAUUUUUCAAGAUUCUUUAUUACAUCAAAUCUUUGUACGCAUAUAUGGAACAUUAAAUAUAGACAAAAAUAAAAACUAAUUACAUAUAUUAUCUAUAAUUUGCGGGACGAACCUUUUAAGCAUAGUUAGUCCGUGAUUGGAUAAUAAUUGUCAAAUACAAACGAAAGUGUUACAGUAGCCAAAGCCAAAAAUUUUCGCGAACUAAACAAGGCCUUAUUAGAAAAUACAAAGGUGAGGGGGGAGAGGACCUAAAAAUAUGCAAUUUUGAUUUGUUGUUGGUCCUCAAUAUAUCAAUGAAUUUAUAGAAAUAAAAUACAGCUUGAGUUUGUCAGCCGAAUCUAUUAGCUAUUCAACAAUAUUUUUCUCUCACAAUAAAUCAGCCAACAAUAUUUUCUACUAUGACUUAUCAGUCGAACGAACAAGAUAAACCUAGAUCCAAGAACUAUUAGUUUGUACACUGAUCCCUAAACUUUUAUAAAGUGGUUCACGCGAGGUCCAAAGCUCUCUACCUAGCGUAGGUAUGUGGAGGGGGGGGGGGUUGGAUCAGUAGUACAACAUUUUAUCAAAACUAGAUUGAGCUAUUUUUUUCGAAGGCAAAAUACACUAGCAUAGGGGGAUUCGUGUCCCCCUCCUUCACCGCACCCUUCCCUCGGCCUGUGCGUCCAUGUCACUAUUUUUUACACUUCAUCAUUCACGUCAAUGUAGGUCACACAUCAUAGUCAAUGAAAAAAUAACAAUAUGACCCAAAUGUUAUCCAAGAAAAACAUCAUUCUUUAACAAUUAAUGGUUUGUGGACUAGGUAUUCGACCUAAAAGGGUAUAAUGAUAAGUUUAGUUCACCCAGGGCACAAAAAACCGAGCACCCUGAACAUAAAAAACCGAGAACCGAACCGAAAAUACUAAAACUGAAUUUUUCGGUACCUUGGUCAGUUCCUAAUUUUCAGGAACCGAAUUUACCAAGGUAAAUUCGGUACUAUACCUCAGGGAACCGAAUUUACCGAAAUGUGCUAAAUUUGAGUGUAGUUAUAUUUUAAUUUAUUAUAUUUUGUAUAUGUGGUACUGUACUCAUAUAAUCUUGUGGACUUAUAUAUGUAUGUAUUUGGCACAAGUAUUCUCUAUAAAAUCAUUCCAAAUUAUGUCAAAAUUAGCUUUUGAACAUGCUAUUACAUGUUCAUAUGAUCAAUUCAGUAUUUUUCAAUAAAUACCGAAACCAAACCGAAAGUACCAAAACUAAAUUUCCUCAUUACCGAUUUUUGGAAGAAACCGAUCGGUACCUAUUUUCCUAGGAACCAAAUAGAGGUACCGAACCGAACCGAAGUACCGAAUGCCCAGGGUGACUUAGGUGACGCCGACACACUUUAUACAUCUGUUGUAAGGUCAGUUUCAAUGCAUGUUUUAUGGGAGUGUUAUGCACAUUAAAUAGGGUGUCACAUAAGCAAAAUUGCUAACUUGGCAGGGUCAUUAAAUGAAGGAAUUUCAUUAGAUGAGAGAGGAGUUUCAUCCCUAUAAAACUCAUGUGGCUUGGUUACCUAGUUUAUAGUCUUGGUAACUGUGCCAUGAAACUAUGCAUUGAGACUGGCCUAAUGAAUUAAGUUAGUGCAACUAAAAGGCCCAGACAAGCGAGGCUUAGUUACGAGGUUAGUUUUAAUGGUGUUUUAUCAGAGUUUUAUGGAUAUUAAAUAUGCUAAUAUAACACUAUAUUAACGAAGAGAUUCGACAAAUAAACUUAAACGAACAUGCGGACCCUCUUCUCAAAAUUGUAACCCUCGAUGUAAACUGUGCAAGGCUUGGCCUUCCACUGACCGGGAGCCUCUCUCGAGUACCUAUGAAAUGGGAUCUGUUUUGAUCUCCCGAAAUGCAGUGCCUGCAGGGUAAGUCAUGACGUCGUUGAAGCUAGAACCUUGCUGGCAGAGAUUGAAUCAGGGGAGAUGCUGGUCAUUUAUUAGUGCGCACCGAAUAAAACAUCUUUAGAUAAAGACUACUCCAUCCGUUCUCGUAUGGUGACACACUGCACAACACACAAAAAUUGGCCAGCGGCAUACCUCAGCUAGGCAGCUAGCUAGCCUGCCCCCGUGAGACCAACUAUCAGCAGGGCGCCGGCCGGCCGACGGAAGGAGAGAGAGAGGAGGGAAGCAGGGAGCCACCACCGCCAUCAAAUCAACCAUGACUGAGCUGGCGGCUGGCGCCGUGAGCUCACUGCUGGCCGUCGUCCGCAACGAGGCGCUGCUGCUUGGCGGCGUCCAGGACGACGUGCAGUUCAUCAAGGAGGAGAUGGAGAGCAUGAAGAGUUUCCUGGUGCAUCUAGCCCGGAGCACGCCCCCCGGCGGGGAGCACGACGAGCAGGUGCGCACCUGGAUGACCCAGGUGCGGCUGCUCGCCCAGGACUGCCACAACUGCAUCGACCUCUACCUGUACAGCGGGAACCCCCACAUCCACCGCGCCAAGGGCAGACUCCGGCGCUACUUCUGGUGGGUUUACUGGUUCCUGCGCAAGCUGCUCGCGCAGCACCGCGCGGCGGUCCAGCUACGCCAGCUCAAGGACCGGGCGCGUGAUGUCGGCGAGCGACGACUGAGGUACGGCGUGGAGGUGCCAGGGAAGUCGAAAGCUGGGCUAGCGGCGGCGGCGGCGACAUCAGCGCGAGGUGGUGCUGCUGCUGACAACGAAGAAGAAGACGACGGUGAUCAUGAUAACCAACUCGUGAGCACAAGCGGCAGUCGCACUCUGGACGACUACGUCAAGGAAAAGCUAUGGGAGUGGAUACAAGGAGUUCCUCCAUGCGCCGGCGAAAGUUGGUCCAUGGUCGUCACUGUGGCGCCGCCGUAUACAUAUCAGGACCUCCUCUCCCUCGUAGAAGAAACUUGGGUUGGCUACGGCUACCAACGCACCGUCGUGGUAGAUAUCCCAGCCGUGCACCCCAAUUUUUUGCCGCUACGAGCCAAGGAAGUUCUCUUCUACAUUCUGCGUGAGCUCAAGAAUGCCAAAUCCCAACCCCAAGACCAGGAGAAAGACCAACAAGGAGAAGGGGGGAAGUAUGUUGUUGACCCUUGGGAGGAGGUUUUCAGAAGAAAGAUGCAAAUUUACGAGGAAAAAAAGAAGGCUCUUGCUCGUCUUAAAAUCAAGGAGAAUAUCAAAGAGAUGAAGGUUAACGAAAAGCUUGACAAAAUCAAAAUUGAUAUUCAGGGUCGAGUAGGGAACAGCGGCGGACUACCAAAGGGCUACAAGCUGCACGGUGAGCUUGACAAGCUAGACCUAGACGUACUCCUUCAGCUGCUGCUCGAGGCACCUUUUGCUACGUCUCAACAAAACCAAGGGGAGAACAAUGACAUGCAAAAAUUACAAGUGCGUAUCGCCAAGAAGCUUAAGGAGCAUAUGGAAGCAGCGGAAAUGGACAAGACGCUUGAAAAGGAAAAAGUGACAAAACAUAUGGAGCUGGAAGGAGAUGAAGCCCCAGGCAAGACUAUGGAGGAGGAGGAUAUGGUGCAGGGUGGAGAAGGAGAAAUAACCGACCAUAUGGUGGAGGCGGAGGGUGAAGGAGAAGUGACCAAACAUACAGCGGCGGCAGAGGAGGCAGGAGAAAUAUCCGAGCAUAUGGAGGAGACGGAUGGAGGAAGAGGAGGUGGAGGUGAAGAAAUCGAAAGUCAGCAAACUACAUGGAUUCACCUCGAUGAGGCACAAUAUGCACGCAUCGUGCAGAUUCUGUUCCCCAAGGGCAGCAGCAGGCCCCUGCAGACUCAAGACAGAUCGUUAGUGGGCAAGCAAGCUACAAAGACCACAACGGCUAUACUGGGUGCGGAUCAAAUCAAACAAAUGAUCCAGGACGCAAAGGAAGACAUCUUAUUGAAGCUACUGGAAGCUAAAUAUGACAGGAGUGAAGGGACAGGUGGUGGUGCAUCUGGUGUUCCGAAUCAAAACCCAGAAACUAAAUAUGGAACAGAUGGUGAAUCUGAUGUUCCGAAUCAAAACCCAGCAACCAUUUCUAACAAAAUCGGUCAGAUGAUGGACAAAAUGAAGCAGGAGUUCAGACGGCAGCUCAAGAUCAAAGGGCUUGUUGACGAGAUAAAAAACAACUUGAAUUAUUGCUCCGACUUGGAUAGAUAUGAGUGUCCCCUGUUUAUCCUCAAAGUAGACAAGCUGAUGGAUGUUUCCACAUUGGAGGAUACCAGAAAUGCACUGAGCCUGUUAAAUUGCAGCGCCGAUAUAAUGAUCAUCACCACUACGAAGGAGGACAUCCAGCUGGCCAAAGAAUAUUGCUACCCAGAGAUGGAACCUAUAGACUAUUCUCUUGCUGGCCUCUACCAUGAUACAGUUCUCGAUCUUAUUGCUAAGCAGCAGCAGAAGAAUAAUGGAGACAACUACUACCACCCCCAAAUUUUUCAUGAUAUCUUGAACGACUGUGAGCCACAUGAAUUAUGCAUGAAGAUCUUCACUCGUGCUCUGUAUGCUAACCCCAAGAGGAGCAAUGAGGAGUUACUGAAGCUGCACAGCAUCCUGCGGGAUUCGCCAACAUCAUUCAACAGCAUCGCUAAGGUGAUGUUCAAGUUCUCUUACAAUGAUCUGCCCAAAGAAUACAAGUCCUGCUUGCUGUACCUAGCUAUCUUCCCUCCAGGACACAAGAUCAGGCGGUCAACCUUGAUUGGACGGUGGGUUGCAGAAGGGCUAACUUCCAAGGAAGAUUGGCACAGUUCCGUGCAUCAGGCCAACCGAUGUUUUGACGCACUUGUUGACCGGUGCCUUGUUUGUCCAGCUGAUAUUGGUGUCACAGGAAAAGUAAGGAGCUGCGUCGUAGGUGAACCGAUUCAUGGAAUCAUUACCACCAUCGCCAGAAAACAACACAUCCUGGAGACACGUCUGUCAGAUCACUUGGCUCGCCACUUCUCCGUCUUCAACGAUCUCCAGCUUCGCAGUUCUGACAGGAUUGAUAAAUUCUUCCAGGGGCUCUCUAGAUCAUCUCGAGUGUCGGUGCUCAAGGUGCUAGAUCUAGAAGGCUGUGAGUGCUUUGCUGGUGGGAAGAACCAGCGGUACCUCAAGGACAUCUGCAGAAAGAUGUUACUGCUGAAAUAUCUGAGCCUAAGGAGAACAGAUAUUACCCAGCUACCUAGGGAAAUCAACAACCUCCGUGAGCUAGAGGUGUUGGAUAUCCGACAAACUAAGGUGCCUCCACAUGCAACAGCAAAUGUCCUGCUUCUGAAGCUGAAGCGUCUGCUUGCUGGUAACACUGAUUGGACUCCAAGACCAACCCUCAGAGCUCAGGAAUUAGUAUCUACUGCUGUCCUGAUUCCUUAUAAGAUUGAGAAAAUGGUAAACAUGGAGAUACUAUCCAAUGUGAAGGCCCGGAGCAGUCGAGAUUUGAAAGAUAUUGGAAAGCUAUGGCAACUAAGGAAGCUCGGAGUGGUAGUUGAUGACGACCCCUGUUACCUCAAGAAUUUGCUCCGAGCAAUUAGUGAUCUGCACAAGUGCCUCUGUUCUUUGUCAAUCACUCUUCCCACAGCUACAAGCGAGGCUACUCCUAGUCAAGAGUUGCCAGAAGUACCACUCAAACUCAAACAUCAACCCAAGCUUCUUGAGAGUCUGAGCAUCAGUGGAACCACACAGAAGGGAUUUCUUCCAUUGUUCAUCAAAGAUGCUAACAACAACCUUGUCAAGGUUACUUUGAGUAGCACCUCACUGAACAAGAAUAAUCUUGAGGACCUUGCCAAGCUGCCUAAAUUACAGUUCAUCAGGCUCUGCCUCAUCACCGACAUAGAGUCACUUGACUUCAAGAAGGAGGAGUUCAAAUGUCUCAAGUACCUUCUUGUUGAAGGAUCCAGCUUCACUAAAAUUAGCUUUGAAGAUGAAGCAGCCUGUAUGCUUGAGAAGAUGGCUUUGUCUCUCACCAACAUAGAGUCUGUUUCUGGAGUUGAUGGUCUUAAAAACUUGGGAGAGGUCGAGUUGCGUAUGAGCAGCAGCAACAAGAAGAAGAACGACACGUUGCUAUCAUCAUUUAACAAUGGAAAACAAACAAUGGCCAUGCUGGCAAUUGUCAGUACGUCGCUUGAGCAAGGCGAUAAAGAAACCCAGAACAUGAUUACCUUCAACGAAGGUGAGUUCCAGAAGCUCAAACUUCUUACUGUUGACUGCACUGCCACCACCAAGGUUGUCUUCACCAGCGGAUCUGCUUGUGAGCUUGAGAAAAUUGUUUGUUCCACAUGCACGUCUGCCACAUCCGAGGUUAUCUUCACCAGUGGAUCUGCUCCUAAGCUCGAGAAAAUCGUAUGGUCCUCAUCCACGUCUCUUUCUGGUAUCAACAACCUGCCAAAAUUGAAGGAACUCGAAUUCAACGGUGACCCUGUCCCUGAUGUGGUGAAAGAAGCCAUUGAAAAUCAUAAAAACAAAGUUAAUUUCCUACAUAAUAAACCAGAAAUUCAAAAUCAAGCAAAAGAAGACGAGCAAGAGGACGAUGACGAUGAUGCUGCAAGGUUUUCACUAUUCUGCUGCAAGAAACAAGUUUGAAUCCGAAGAAGCCUCUCCUUUGAUCCCAUGGUGAGGUUUGUGUGGAUUAAUUCCUAUUUGCAUUUGCUAUUAUGCUUGUCUAUUAGAGUUUCUGUUUGCUGCGCCUGCGCAUGUUUGAACUGAGUGCCUUGUGUUUGUGGUUGAGCAUAUUGGUUGUGCGGUUGUGCCUAUGCUCACGGAUUUGCACUGAGUGCCUAUGUUUAUCAUCUGUAUCAACCAUCAGCCUACAUAGAUGGUUUUGUGUAAUAAGUGCAAUGUUUGUGCGCACAUUUGACAUCUUAUUAAAACCUGCUAACUCCCAGAGCCUUAGGCUCGUCUUUGAUA